CCUUACGAUACUCGUCUUGCUAGGGCAGUUAAGAAGAACAUGUGUUAGUCAUUCCGGCGUCUACAAAUUGCUGCUACCAUGAGUACAGUUAAUAUUGAUGUUACAACCAUCGUUCUAGGCAUCACUAUUUUUGUUCUCCUCUCCUGGAUUAUGCGACAUUGUGGACCGGGGUCAAAUUAUCGAUGUGGCAAAAUACUACCACCUCGUCCACCUGUCCUGCCAAUCAUCGGAAACCUGCACAUGAUAUGGAGUCGAAACCCUUGGCAGGACAUGAUGAACAUUGCUAAAAGAUACGGUAACGUGUACAGACUAAAGCUAGGGACAAAAGAAGUGGUUGUGCUGAAUGGUUAUGUUGCAAUUAAACAAGCUCUGCUGAGACAGAACGAGAGUUUCAAUGAAAGAUCCGUCAACAUUCAGAUUGAGAUUCUGGACAACCAAGGAAGAGGAGAAAAACAUCUUACGGGAAUAGCCUAUGCUAGAGGUGUACACUGGCAGGAGCAUAGGAAGUUUACUAGAGUUUUAAUCCGUGAGUUUGGUUGGGGAAAAACUGAUGACUAUUACAAGAUAAUUCAAACUGAGGUAAAAUGUGUGAUGAAGGAAUUGAUUGAUACGAAAAAAUGCGAAUCCUUUGAUCCUGAUAUUCUCUAUCACCAUGCUGUCUGUAACAUCCAGUGUCAAUUUAUUUUUGGUAAAAGAUUCAACUAUAAUGACAAAAAGGCUAUACAAUUUUUUGACGCAUUAGAUGGAUUCUCCUUGGAUACCAACCCAGCUGUCGUGAUGACCAUUUUUCCCUUAUUGACCAAAAUCCCAUUUGGAAGCACUAAACGGGUACUCAGCCAUAUAUUUGUAGCACGUACAUUUAUCAAAGAUCAAAUUGAGAACAGACUUGCACUACGGAAGAAACUUGGAAACUCUUACAAACUAGCCAGGAAAAACUAUAUCAACUGCUAUUUGGAUGAGAUUGAAGCGAGGCGUGAUCAGCCCGAGUUGGAGUUCAGCAAUGACUCUUUAAUAUUAGCCCUACUCGACAUAUUUUUCGGCAACCAGACAGUUGGUGAUGUACUCACAUGGACAAAAUUAAUGAUGGUGUAUCACCCAGAAGUGCAGAAGAAGGUGAAAAUAGAACUUGAUCGUGUAAUUGGUCCUGAUAGAGAUUCAGAUGUAAAUGACAGAUAUAACCUUCAUUACCUAAAUGCAGUUCUACUUGAAUCUACUCGUAUUCGCCCCAUCUCACCAUUCGGUAUCCCUCGUAUAACCAAUGAAGACACAUCGAUCUGUGGUUAUUUUAUUCGCAAGAAAACUUAUGUAGUGCCAAACUUGUGGUCCGUGCAGGGAGACGAAAAAUACUGGCCCAAUCCAAUAAAAUUCGAUCCUGAGAGAAAUCUGGAUAAUAAUGGAGUUUACACUCCACAAAGCCGUGUUUACUUGCUAUUUGGAAUAGGUCCACGUACCUGUCUCGGUCAACAGUUAGCGAAAAUGGAGUUGUUUAUUUUCUUUGCAAAUUUACUGCAGCGUUACAAUAUCCAUAUCGUCAAUGACACUAACAUCAAGCAGACCAUUGGUAUGACGAAAAUCAUGCCUUUCUUCAUCCGAUUUGAGAAGCGAAAAAGAUUAGUGUUGAAUAUGUGA